AUGUCAUACUCAAACCAAGAAUUGCAAAGUUAUACAAACUCACAAGAAGAUGAACAAGAGGAGCUCUUCCCUCUAUCAAUCGCAAACCACUCUAUAUUGUCAAAUUCCGUGGAAAGUAGGAAAAGCGACAGCGACAGCGAUAUCUUCUUUUCAUUUGAAGACAAUAUGCUACUAAAUUCACCACUACUAUUAUCUCCAACACUAUACUCUCAAGAUGCUAAGAUGGAAGAGCAACUUUUUGAACUACCGACAAAUUAUAAUGAGGAUGAUGAUUUCAUCUUCUCUUUGGAUAACGAAAAUUCCAAUGUCUCCGCAAACGUUUCAGAACAGGUUCCAAGAUUAUUCAAUGACAAUGGAAAAAAUUCAUUGAUAGCGAAUCUGGAUGACUACACAAAUAUCGCACAACAAAAUUACAGAGUUUGGUUGUCAUCUGUAUGA